GGAAGGACGUUAAAAUGUCGGUCCUCUUGUGUUGUCCUGAGGGAAAUUGAGAGAUCCACGAUUCAGUGAUGUUGAUGGCGACAAGACGCAUCGCUUAGUGAAGGAGUGGUCAUUCCUUUUUGCUGGUGGGGUUGUAUGCGAGCGGUCCAUAAUGAAGGAGAAGCAGAUAAAGGAAUUCCAAUUCUAGAACAAGAAGAACGUCAAGAUCUAGAACUUGUGAUUCCCACUAGUUGUGGCACGACUUCAGAACUAGAGCCGCUCCCUAAAAAGAGCAACAGCAUGUACAACAACUCCUCUUCAUCUCCGCGCCAGGAAGGGGCAAGCGCGCGUAGCAGCACCGGGGAAACGCCUAGAAGUAUCCUCAAGGGCGCUGACUCUUCGCUUAAGGCUCACGUACUAGAGGAGGUGUGUCAUUUUCAGACAGGAGCAUUCCAAAAGAAGACUCAAGAACUACAAGUUCUUCUUGAGAAUACAUGCUACUUGAGUACUAGUUUUUUACAACUGCUGUAGGUUAUAAUAUAUCAUCGUUGUCUUGCUAAGCCUGAGGUCCUCCUCUAAGCCUAGUCGCCUCUCUGGAGAAGGACCUGGGGUCAGGAUAAAGCUCGGAACAGAUCAAUCCCCACAACAAGAAGCUGCAGAUCCAUCACAAGCACAGCCACCACGGCCUGAGGGCGGGAACAGAGCGCUGAAUACUGUUGAUGAGGGAGAUCUGGAACAGUUAAGGAUGGGCAUGGGAGUUUAUUAGUAAUUGCACUACUAUGGACAAGGACAAAAUCCGAAGCAUUCAUCUAGUUACUCUCUUGAAGUGAACUCAGUUUCUAUUUGCUCAAUGAGAUGAAAAACUUCAACAUCUGCUAAAACAUGAUGGGCGGUCUGCUGCAUCAUCGAGCUGGAGGGGGAGAGCAGAGG